AUGUAUCGCGGUCGGUUUAACAACGAACCUGAAAAAGACGACAAUCACCGUUUUGUGUACCUUGCACAGAACAAGCCUGGUGAGCCCCUGGUGGGCGACUGUUUCAUUCGACUUGAGGAGAUACACAACCGGAUGAGAGGUGUUGCAGCCCAUUACAUAGAUGAUUGUGAUGUGGCUGUUACACGCGCCAAAAUCAUUUAUGCCUUAAACCAUGGCACACAAGACGAGCAAGAUGAGGCCCUAAUGAUACAGGACCAGCUCCAGCAAGAGGGACGACCGUUCCUCACAUUCCGCUGCUGGGCCGUCGAAGGUUUUGAAUGUGUUGCCCAUGAGCGAGAGCUCUUUCACCGGCUCUUCGCUUACAUCGGUCCUGACAAUAAUGUCUGGGAUCAUUUUGAAGUGUUUCGCGUCUGGUCAGAACUAUUGAGAAAGUCACAGGGUGAUAAGCUCGCGUCAAAAGACUUCUUUGGCCGCUACUGGGAUGUUGUUAUUCCCAAUAACCAGCGGGCUAUGUUCCAAACCGGGUUCAAGAUCGUUGUGGGAGCGAAAUAUAUCGAAGCUCAUGGCUUCCACGCCCUCAACCCUAUGACACCAGAUGACCGCCUUAAAAUAAGAAAAGAGGUGUUCGAGGGGGUCAAUCGUGCUAAUGAAGCACCACGCCUCAAGUUCAAACCCCCCCUCACGGUCAAUAAUGUCAUAUUCUGGGAUCAAGUACCCAACGGAUGGAGACAUCUUGAGGCGCAUCCCGGAGGGCUUUACAAUAUCGUUGUGGAUGGUCCAGUACAGGGCUUUCUCACCAGCACUGACCAUGACAAACCACUUUGGCAGGCUAACUAUACUGAACCCGACCAGCUUCUCGCUGAGCAGCUCCAGGGAGACCUGGAUAAAUGUGGGAAAACAGAUACAACAACAACUCAUGUCGAGCAUGACUACGUAGUCGCUGCGAGAAAAGGCAAGAGAAAGCCGACGCAGGACAGAGUUGUAGCUACCAAUGGGUAUUCUGCAAACUUGGCCAUGGCAAAAGUAUAUCCUGGUUAUUACCCGGACGCUGCGAAGGCGAAGAAAAGAAGGGUGGCAGAGUGGCUCCAUAGGUCGGCUUUUAGCUAUGGAGGACUCAUAAAGGGAGAUCUGGGCUCUUCCCAGGUCCCUAAUAAUCUCGUCCUCGGCACGCCGGAUACUAAUACAGUUAUGAUGAGAUAUGAAGCCUUCGUUAAAAGGCUUGCAUACUACACCAUCAACCAGCACGGCCAGCAAAACGAUACAGUAGUCGUCAAGACAGUUAUCAGCUAUCCGGUCCUACAAGGGCAUGCGCUUCAUUGGAUGGCAAACGAUGAUCACAAAUACACUUGGUUAGCACCGAAGCUAAUUUACGACUACCGGAAUGAUGUGAACAGUAGACCUCAUGUCGCAGACACCCGGAACUUGUUUCCUUUGAACAGAGAGACCUCGAUGCUUUUCCAAUCGCUUGUCGAUAAGUCUUUGGAGGAGAAGUGCUGGGGAUGGAAAUGCUGGGAUGACAAUGACGCUGUUGCGGAAGCGCUCAUUGAGUCUACGGGUGUGGAUGGGGAUGAAGAAGAUAAUAACGAAGAAGAGCUGGGGGAGAUGCUUCAGCAAGAUCUGGCUCAGCGAGAGCAACAAGUUUGA